AUGUCAUGGGAGUUAUCGCUCUUAACCCUCAUCGUCAGCGUCUUCAGCAUCUGGACGAUUCGUUCGAGCAAUACGACCUCCGCCGUCCUGAAAGCAGUUGGGGUCGUCUUUUGCGCCUUGGCUUUUUAUCCGGAUCCCGUCCUCCUGAUCCAGCAUCUGUCCUCGACUGCCUUUCAAGGCUGGAACGACAUUCGAUUCGAUGUGCUUCUCGUGACGCAUUUUAGAAUGGUCUUGACACUUGGCGCCGUGGUCUGGUUACUGCAUCGCUCGUGGCAGACCCUUUGGAAACCUGUGCCAGAGCUGAUCAACAUCCUCGGCGUUGACGUUCCCGAAGCCCCCGACGUCUCUCUUGCUGGUAUCCGGGCAGAUGCUGCUACUCUCACCUGGACCAAACCUCCUAAUAACCGUCCGGUUCAAAAGUAUUUGAUACAGGUCAACGGAAUCAAUGUUGGAGAAUCACCCCACGAUGAAACCGCGAUCACGGUAACUGGCCUAAAGCCAAGUCAUUUUUACAAUAUUCGCGUUGUUGCUAUUGGCCAGAACAAUUUCCAGGCUGCCAGCGAUACCGUGCGGCUCAGGACAUUCGGCAGCGAUGGCAGGCCUUCCCUUGGCAAUGCCCGGCUGCCGGCGAAUUUUGUGGACGAUGAGGAUACCAAGCCACGAGGGAAUGAUGAUGGGAUUGGCUCAGAAGGCCGCGCGCCUUCAUUCGCUGCUGCGGCUAUCGAGACAGCGCCUCCUCUCGAUGGAGCAGUAAAUGCAACACGAGAUAUCCCGUCUACAGCGCCCGGCCAACGAAGAAAUACCCUAAACCGUCGACACUCACCAUCGGUAGCUAGCAGCGAUCAGGCUUCGAUUAGACAAUUUGAUACCGAAGGUCCCGAACCAUCCCUCGACGAGCUGAAUCAUCGAUUUCAGGAAAUCCGUAAAGAGAUUAAUGAUACUCUUUCACUCCAAGGCAAGGAAGAAGAGGAGUUUCUACAAACUGAAGAAGAGCUGCGGAAAGAAAAGGACGUCAAAAAGAUGUCACUGAAAGAGAAGGAAGAGCAGACGGCUCAACUGAAAUCUCUGGUUCGCACUACAAUGGAGCAAAUGCGAGCUGCCGAGAAAGAGAGAGCGAAGAAAGAUCAACAGCUCAAGGAUCGUGACAGUAAGAAAUCCAAGGUCCGAGACAACGUAUCCAAGCUCGAAAACGAGAUUGAGAGGAUGAGAAAGGAGUGCAGUAGCUUUCAAGAUCAGAAGGCUAGUCUGAAGGAGAAGACAGAUCAAGACAUUUGUACCCUUAACCAGGAGAUCACCACUCUUCAAGAGGAACACAAUGAGCUUGAGGCGGACCUCAGCAAUAAGGGAAAGCAGCUGAACGAGAUGAAGGAAGCUCGGAAGCACCUCUCUGGGGCAGAUGAUGAGUUGAUGCGGGAAAGUGAUGAGAGAAGUCGCCGAGAGUGGGAGGUUGUUAGGAAUACCUUGCACCAUCGACUUGUUGAGGAGACCAAGGCUAGUCACCAACUGGAUCAGCAUUACCAGGCCCUGCUUGAACAGCUCAGCAUUCAUCAUCAUGCAGCAUUCUUCAACCAGUCAGAUGCACCACCUCUCGACUUUGAUGAUUCCGUCCCCGUCCAACAAAAACGCGAAAGCUAUAAUAGCAGCGAACCUAGGCUGUCACCUCCAACGCGUUUUGUUAUGUCGGAGUCGGCUACUUCACUGCCUCCUGCGCUAGGGCGUCCAAGUUUUGGCCCAGUACUUUUUAUUCCUAAUGAUGCAAAUGACCCUCAGACAGAGGACGAUUUGAAGACUACGGCCGGGCCUCUUAGUCCAUCUGCGCAUGCUUACCUACCUUCCGGCAUCAUCGACUUUGAAGGAUCAGAUAGUAAGGCUACGCAGACCCCUCUGCUUCCAGAGAGUGUCGCCGCAGGAGACGAAGUACCGCAAUCUCCAGUCUCAUCCAACCAUUCACUGAGCAUUUUCUCAAGUCCUCGUGAAUCGUCGACCAACCUACCCUUCCCUUCAUACCAAGACAAUAGUGAUCGUGGAUCUCUGAAUCUCAACUCGAGCCCAGCCGCCCCUCCAGCAAGUGGUCUGAGAUUGGCUAGUCUCCUAUCCGGAUUUCGACGAGGUGAGGCAACCAAGGCUGAUGAUGAGGAGGGCCCACCGAUUGGGAGCUUGAAGCCUGGACAAAGUCAGUCGUUCCCUCGUGGGACUGACGAAAGCGAAUUGUUUGGCCGUCGACGGAUGAGCUUCUCAUUCAAAGGCCAUCGUAAUUCGACUGGUUUUGAAGGAAAUCCGACCCAAAUGUCGACAAGUUCAAAGAUGUUCUCUAGGCGGCUCAAUCCAUUUGCCAGCUCAGCAAGCGCUAUUUUCUCCGACCGUGAUCCUCAUCGUUCGCGACCUCCUUCUAUUGCAUCUGGAUCUGAUCUUCCCAGGCCUUCGACGGACAGUGGAUCUAUAUGGGGGGCCCCUGGUGAUGUUGCUACCAUGGCCAAAAAUCGGCUCUGGUCUCCAAACGAAGGCCGGUGGCCAUCUCGAAGUGGCUCCCGUCGUCCUUCGAUCCAUGGCUCCCCCUCUGCUCUCACAACCUCGUUAGCAUCCGCUGAUGACGAGAUUCUCUACGAAACUGAGCUACUUGACCCUCAAACAUCCCCCAGUCAAGUUGGAGUUAUCGGAUCUCGUCCCCCCGGAGCAUCCAAGUCAAUUAGUCAGCGACUGAAUCCUAAUGCGCCUACAUUCAAGGGCCUCUUCCGCAAAGAUAAGGACAAAGAUCGAGCCAAGGACAAGGCGAAAGAUGCCAAGGGGAAAGGCAAGGAAGCCUUAUCUCCCACCGUGGAUUCACCCACAGGCCCUGACGAGUCGCCGUCUGAUUCGCGCUUAUCCCGUGACACAUUCUCAGUUCACACCCAAACAUCUGUUUCCGAGUCCCAUGAAUCACUUCCUCUUGAGGGAUCGAGCUCCAACACCAACCUCGAGAUGAACAGCAGUCUUUCAAAGGACUCCGACAGCGUGAACGGUAUUAGGAAACUGUUGCGAAAAGGGAGCUCAAGCAAGUUCAGCCUUUCAAGCAGACUGGGUAAAGACUCGAGUCUGUUCAAGAAGGGCCCAGGCAGUGCUACAAACUCGGACAGGAAUGCGUCGGCGGACCAUCGAUCAAGCAUUGGUGAUUUGGAUGAGCUUGGAGAAGAGCACGCCCCAUUGGGACGCAGCUACGAUAGUGUAACGAGCAGCCCAUCUCUUGCGCCAUCCAAGUCCAAGGACGCUAAGGAGAGCCGGAUAAGCAAUUGGCGGUUUAUGAAGAAGAAAGGCAAGGACGCUUCAAGUAAGGAGAAGGAGAGCGUUGAAAUAGACCGCUCCCUUGAUGAGGAAUAA